AUGGGCAUCGAUAUCAACAAAUCGACGAUGGAUGUGGACGUAGGGGGUGCGGGGCCGGGACGGUCGGCGCAAGAGGAGCGGAGCGUGCGGGCCGGGCCCGAGGAAGACGGCAGCGAAGUGAGGGUGUUCAAAAAGACGAGCCCCAAUGGCAAGCUGUCCAUCUACCUGGGAAAGCGUGAUUUCGUGGACCACGUGGACAUGGUGGAGCCGAUCGACGGCGUCGUCCUCGGUCGACGCCCGCAAUACGCCAAGGACCGGAAAGUGUGGGCUCAGCUGACCUGCGCCUUUCGCUACGGCCGCGACGACCUGGACGUGCUGGGCCUCACCUUCCGCAAGGACCUGUGGGGGCAACGGCUGCGGGUGCUGCCCCCGCCCUCCGAGAAGCCCCCCGCCCUCACCCCCCUGCAGGACCGCCUGCUCAGCAAGUUGGGGCCCCACGCCCACCCCUUCACUUUCCAGAUGGCCACCAACCUGCCCUGCUCGGUCACCCUGCAGCCCGGGCCUGAUGACGUGGGAAAGGCCUGUGGUGUAGACUUCGAGGUGAAAGCUUUCUGCGCUCAGGAUCUGGAGGAGAAAGUCCACAAGAGGGAUUCGGUGAGGCUGGUCAUCCGCAAAGUUCAGUUUGCACCCCAAGACUCGGGCCCAGCGCCCCAAGCCGAGACCACCUGUCGCUUCCUCAUGUCCGACAAACCCCUGCAGCUCGAGGCUUCUCUGGACCGUGAGAUUUAUUACCACGGGGAGACCAUCCCGGUCCACGUGUCCAUCGACAACGCCACCAGCAAGAUGGUCAAGAAAAUCAAGAUUUCAGUCGAGCAGAUGACGGACGUCGUCCUGUAUUCGCUGGACAAGUACACCAAGACCGUGCUCGCCGAGGAGUUCCCGGAGACGGUGGCCGCCAACUCCGCGUUCUCCCAAACGUUCCACGUGACGCCCCUCCUGUCCGCCAACCGGCGGAAGCGGGGCCUGGCCCUGGAUGGUCAACUCAAGCACGAGGACACCAACCUGGCGUCCACCACCACGCUGCGGCCCGGUGUGGACAAGGAAGUUCUGGGCAUCGUGGUCGCCUACAAAGUCAGGGUGAACCUGGUGGUCACUCGGGGAGGGUGAG